UUUAAUAAACUUACUCAAGAUUAUCCUAGUACCAAAAGUUAUUUAGAGUUCCUUUUUAAAUCAAAAGCUUAUUGGGCCUAUUGUUUUACGUGUUUCAAGUUUACCAGAGAAAUGAUUGCUACAUCACAGAUUGAAUCAAAUAGAGAAAAUGAAUAUAAAUUUUGGAAGCUCUUGAUUCUAAAUAUGAAAAAUCAAGAUAAA